AUGAUCCUUCAGCUAUUGUUGUAUAUUUUGGUGCUCUCUACGACACAGUCAAACUCAACAACAGAUCCAUUUUCAGUAACAUGCAACUUUGAAGAGCAAGAAGGCUUCCUAAAAUACGUCUGUAACACUGAAUCCACGAGCUAUACAAAGUGUCCCUACUCUGAAGAAUACUACAACUUCAAACAAAGACCACCUCGUUUUAACAUCACGUGCACAAACGACGCCCACUUUUACCAAGCCUGCGACAAUAGGAUCUACGGAAUAAUAACAAAUAGCCGAUUGUUAUGUGGUAAAUAUUUGUGUCAAUGGAAUUGGAAUGGGCAGUCUGUAAGUGUACAUUCCAUAAUUCUCGGAAGGGAAAAUCUAAUUUGCAACGGUAAAAAAGACUGCUCUAAUACAGACCUAGAUGAGGCAAAUUGUACAAAAGAGAAGUUCACGUUGCCAAGUGGAAGAGAAGUUCCUAGAGAUGAAAUUUGUGACGGCAAAUGUGACGAUGUUUGCGAAGAUGAGGCGAUAUGUAACGGAUUUACUUACGGACUCUACUGCAAAGUAGAUCCCACUAACUAUAUUCAUCCUUACCAAAUAUGCAACGGAAAGAAUAACUGUGAUGAUGGCGAGGAUGAAGCAAACUGUGACGUGUUAAAUGAUACAGAUUCAGUUUGCAACCACAGCAUGACAUCUAAAUUAGUACCAGUUCACAACUACACCCGAUGUGCUAGAUUUCCUGGUGGCAAAAAGAACAACAAAUUCUAUUGUAAUGAUGUGAUUCAGAGUCAGUCCAAUUGCAGUGAUCCGACGAAGGUUGAAUUAUCUUGUCAAGUGAAUGGGUACACGUCGAAUGUGUCGAAAUACAUCAUUUGUGGUGGACAAGAACAGAGCGCUUGUGAUGAUGGUAUUGACAAGCUAUGCCUUUCUCCUUCAUAUUCUUGCAAGAACAUACACAAGCACUAUUUCUGUGAUGGUAAUAAUGAUUGUAAAGAUAAGUAUGAUGAAACACAAGCCUUCUGCAACAAAACAGUGGGACGGGACCUGCGAAAGAAGGGUCGGAAAUGUAGGUGAACUACCAGUUCCUUUAGCAUGGUUGACAGAUGGUAUCAAGGACUGCAUUGACGGUAGAGAUGAAGAGCAAAUGUGGCCUACUUGUGGAGUAGGAAAGACCCACAGAUUCGUAACAAACAAUGAAACUUGUGAAAAUGUGUUUAUUUGUUUAUCAGGGACUCCCGGUUAUGUGGAAAUGAGCGAUCUGUGCGAUGGAAUUGAAACUUGUGGAAAUGAGAACGAAAUAUGCUCAAAGUCCCGAAUACGCAUCAGCCAGCAACGAGUGUUCUAAGUUAUGAUAAAGGUUUGACAAAGAGACUGUCAUUUUGUCUGAAAGGUAUAUAUGGCCUACAGCCACACAAUUUGACAUGUAUGUCUAAAAAUUUCAUUUUUCCUGACCACGAAUUUUACGGUGUGGACACAAAAACCAAGUUGAUUCUUCCACAAAGUCUACAGAAUUGUGAUUUCAUGUACGGAGAACAGUACAUGUACACGAGUUGUACGAACAGCUGUAUAAACUCUCCUUGUCCAUUGAAAAACUUUCCACGAUACGAAGUCUGUCCUGAUCAGUACCUAAAAAGAGUGGGAACACUAGCCAACAAUGAAUAUCUGGCAUUUUUCACAAGAUCUUUUGGAAAUAUUUACACUAAUCGUUAUUUCGUGUGCGAUCACAAGGCUAAGUGUAUAGAUUACUCUCAAGUUUGUGAUCUUGUGGAUGAUUGUGGAGAUGGCUCUGAUGAAUCCGCAUGCACUAAUCAUUUUCAAUGCAAUUCCUCUGGUCACUAUUUACCAAAAACAAAAAAAUGUGAUGGCUACUUCGACUGUUUGGAUUAUUCUGAUGAGUGCAAUGACCAUUGCUCAAGACAAAUUUUGCAAGGAAAUUCACUAAAAAUUUUGGCAUGGACAAUAGGAAUCCUUGCCUGUUUUGCAAAUCUUGUGAUUCUAGUGAAACAUAUCAGCAGUUUGAAACAAAGUAGAAACAUUGUUGUUCUUAUAAACAAGUCUUUGAUAAUCCUCAUAUCAUUUGGAGAUCUUUCAAUCGGCUGCUACUUAGUCAUCAUAUCCGUUUACGAUAGUCUUAUCUUCAAGGAGAAUUAUUGCCUAAACCAAAUAAAUUGGAUCACAAGUACAGAGUGCUCUUUCAUUGGAGUCCUGAGCACCCUAGGCUCACAGAUAUCACUCUUUUCUAUGACGGGACUCAGCAUCGUUAGAAUCUAUGUCAUUUUGAACUCUAGGAGAACCUCUGGCAGUAUAAAUGUCUCAAAUUAUAUUUCUGUAGCAGUUGCUAUAUUAUUGUUGGUCAUGGUAUCCUUAGCAAUCGCAGUCAUUCCUAUCAUUGAGUCAUUUGAGGACUUCUUUGUAAACGGUAUCAGUUUUCCAAGUGAAACGAGAAUAUUCACUGGGACUACAGAAAAAGAAACAGUCCUAAAUGUUUUAGAGGCGUACCACGGCAGAAUGGCAGACACAGUUGGAAUCAGUUGGAAGAUUCUUCUAGAAUUGGUAAGUUCAAUCUAUUCCCAUGAUUUCAACUACGACGAUCACACUUCAAUGACACGGAAAGUUCAUUUCUAUGGAAACGAUGGAGUUUGUCUCUUUAAAUACUUUGUCGACAGCGACGAUCCACAAAAGCUGUUUGUUUGGAGCAUUCUGGCUGUCAAUUUUCUUUGUUUUCUAUUCAUCUCAACUUCAUAUCUUCUCAUCCACUUGAUAACUAGCAGAUCUUCAAACUCGUCUGGAAAUCAACAAGACUCCGAACGGAUGAGCAAGAUGAACCGAAAGAUUGCAUUCAUUAUAACUACUGACUUUAUCUGCUGGAUUCCUUUUAUAGUGAUAUGUACUCUUCAUUCAUUAGAAGUCCUAAACGCUACUCCUUGGUAUAGUCUCUUCUCAAUGAUAAUUUUACCCAUCAACUCUCUCAUAAAUCCAUUUCUUUAUGACGACUUCUUGACAAAUUUGGCCCUAGUUCCAAUUGAAAGCCUAAAAACUAUCAUACUGAACUCUACUGCAGUUCGAAAACUUCGAUCCUUGAACAAUGUCACGCAG